AUGACUGAAUAUAGGUGACCGGUCGCAGUGAGAUAUGAAGGAUUACUUUUGCCUCCAACAUUCGGACAACCUCUGUGAUACAGUCAAAGCAAACUGAUUGAUGUUUUUAAGGUGGAAGAAGUGUGUUUGUAGCGGGAGGGUUGGGAGCCAGUGAGGAGGGGGGUGCGCGCUGCUUUUCUCUGCCAUGCCCAAGGCUGUUCAUUAUCAACACGAGGGAUGCUAAUCAUUGAAGUGAUCCAGUUUUAACGGGGCUGAUUGUGGCCAAUUUGGGGAAUGAAUACUCUGGGUCUCCGCAGUCUUCACUUUCUGGCCUGGUUCUUCUUUAGCCCAGUUUGUGGCCCACUUCUGUUUCUACAAGGACAAUUGAUUUUGGGGCAAUAGUUGCUUUGUGCCAAGUUCACAAGCUCCCUUUUAAAAAUCUUGACUCCCUCCCCUGCGUAAAGUCAGGUGUUUGCUUGUAUCCAUUAUGCAUGUAGACCUAAAUGAAUCUUAAUAUUCACUGUAAACAUCCUAUUACAUCUUUGGGACAUAUGCUUCACAAAUCAACGACGACGUCUCGUUUAUUGAAGGAGGAUGGCUUCACUUAAAGGUUUGAAUGCGUCCUACAUUACAACCUUAUGGCCUAGAUUGCAGUCAGUACUAUUCACGACUGUAUCCCAGAGACACUGGAAUCUAAUAAUGUGUGUUCAGACUGACGUGGAGCUUGGAGCUACUGUACUGACAGUGAGCAUCAGACCCAUAAUCUGAUAACGUUUGUCUAUUGGAUCUAAAUAACUUGUUCUAGUGUACAAAAAGUUCCCAGGAUUCCUGUGAGUUUGUUCAUCUGUGCUGAUGAUAUUGGCUCUACUGUCCUCCUCCAAUCUCCCCACAGACUCCAGUGCUGUAUGUGUAAAUAAUAAUAAUAAUAAUAAUAAAGGCAAAACCAAACUUUUUUACCUGACCUUAUUAGUGCCCAAUAUGUAGAAAGGUACUGUAGUAGUAAUCCUUAAGAGUAUUAUAUCAUUAGAUUAUUACUCAUGUAAAAAACAGGAUCUUACUGAUGUAGUUGGUUGAGGUGGAGCUCAUUUUGUAUAUCGGACUGCAACUAAUAAUUGUUUUCAUCAUGGAUUAAUCUGCUUCUGAUCUGAUUAUUUUUCUCAGUCAAUUGAUUUAGUUUUUAAAAAUUCUACAAAUGGUGAGAAAUGCUGUCACAAUAAUGCAAAGCCUAAAGUGACACCACCACAAGCCUUUAUAGUUCAAUUAAUGCAAAGAAAUAUCAAAAUUAUAACAUACAUUAAAAUAGUUAGUUGCUUUUAACUUAAAGGUAAAAGCAGCAAAUCCUCAUAUUUUGUGAUCAACUAAUUGAUUAAUCGACUAACCAUUUCAGCUGUACUUGUAUAUACUGUUGGGUAGUUAAUUUAUAACAACACAUGUUUUAUAAGUUGUAAACACAAACUCCCCAUGCACUACCAACAGCAGUCAGGUCACAGUAAAGUCAUUCCAGUGUGUGGAAACUUACUCUGGUUCUGGUUAUUUUAAACGGUGAGUUGAUGUCAGAUUACACCUGUUUUAUUGUUUACUAUCAACAGGGGCAUUUUGCAUUAUUUUAGACUAUAUAAAUGUGGAAAAAGAUGUAAUACGUUUAAUUAUUUACUAAACUACAUGAAUGUUCUGCAAGUUUUUAUUUUAUUCACCUUUACAUCAGAUAAUGAGUUAAUUAAAUCACUGAGAGUAAAAGCUUCUGAGAAAUGUUUGUACGACAGAAGUGUUGAUAGUAGACCGCAGAUGCAGUCUGAUCAGCUUCAGACAGCGGGGUGAAAUAUCCCUCCUGCAGUUUGUUGUCAUUGUUGUUGUUUUUUAGUGUGAAUCUGAUUGUCUGCUGGAUCAAUGGAGCGAUGUGGUUAAAAAUAGGUAGACCUAUUUUUCGCCGCGUAUCGGCGCCGCCUCCGUUCAGUGCGUAAAGGCGCAUUAAGAAGUGGCACAGCAGCUGAUAAUCCAGACAGGAGCUGCUUUUGGUUACAGCACAGUCUUUCAUUGAUAGUGGAGCAGAUCUGUGGAUCAGCUGAGCUUGUUCUCUUUUUAACUUUUUCUUCCCCUCCUCGCAGGUUUUCCGUCUCCCAGCUCGCACACUCAAAAGUUUUUUUUCGGCGACUUCUAUCGAGCUUGUGUUGAGAUGGUUUCUGUCCUCCGGAGACGGAGGUUAUUAAUGGGAUUUCUCUCUCCCCCGCAUCACCUGAGGACAGUCGGGCAGUGAGCCGUCGGGCGUCUGGAGGCUGGAUGGACAACAUGUCUCCACAACAGCAACAGGACAGCCUCGGCCGAGGCGGCGGGCAGCAGGAGACCAAGCGGCGGAUGAAGUCUCAGAGUUAUCGGCGCCAGUCCGCCCCGUCUCUGGUCAUCACCAAGGCUCUCACCAGGUCCAAGACCCUCUCCAGAGAGAGCUUCCUGUUACCUGUGUGCCCAGAGACCUGCCCAUUGGUCCAGUCCUACCUCACGGGCUCUGAUAGGUCCUUCCUUCUCCACGGACACGCUCAGUUGAAGACCGGGAUGCAGAGCCAGGACAGACACCUCUUCCUGUUCACUGACAUACUGGUGAUUGCCAAAGCCAAAUCAGCCAACCACUUCAAGCACAAGGCCCAGGUGUGUGUGUGUGAGAUGUGGACGGCAGGCUGCACGGACGAGGUGUGUGAGGGAAGCACCAACCCAGACAGGAGCUUCGUCAUGGGCUGGCCCACCUGCAACUGUGUGGCUAUGUUUAGCUCAGCAGAACAGAAAGAGAAAUGGCUCUCGCUCCUCAAAAGUCGGAUAAAGGAAGAGAAGGAGAAGGAAGAGCCUAAAACCAUUCCUCUGAGAGUGUACGGGAAGGGAAUCAAUACUUUUGCAGUUACCAAGACGCUCCCCGUCAGCAACUCGGAUUCAACCAAUGAGGUGGUCCGACUGGCCUUGCAGCAGUUCAGCAUUAUAGGAAAUGUGAAAGACUUCCAGCUGUGGGUCAUCUCCAAGAGGGAAAACGCCCCCUAUCCUCUAAUCGGUCAUGAGUUUCCCUUCAGUAUCCAGAUGAGUCAUGUGAGACACACGAUGUCUCAGGGAGGUGGCGGAGGCGGCGGCGGUGUUGGCAGGGACGCCGCGGUACCUCCCGACAGACAGAGGGCCAUGCAGGUGGAGCAGCUGCAGGUGUACAAGCAGUGCCAGUUCAUCCUGAAGCCUCGACCCGUUGAAACACUGUAUCUGUCUGCAGAUUUUUCUCAGAAGUCGUUUAAAAGGAGGCGUUCUCUCAUCACCUGGGCCUUCUGGCGCGGCUCGUCUUCUCACCUGAACGAACUGUCCCUGACCGGCGCGGCUCGAGGCUGCCUGUUCAGCCAGCCGCUCAGCUGUGUUUGUGUAGAGGACGCGCUGCCAAAGCCCGUCAUGGAAAUGCUGGGGUUUCUGUACCACGAGGGUUCGUGGACGCGGGGGAUCUUCCGUCGGCCGGCGGGUGCUCGGGCCGUCAGGGAGCUGCGGGACUCUCUGGACGGCGGAGAGUUUCAUCUUCCUCUGACAAGAGAUCACGUCUUUAUCAUAGCCGGAGUCUUUAAGGACUUCUUGCGCAGCAUCCCAGGCAGCUUGUUGUGUUGCGAGAUGUACGAAGAAUGGAUGGACGUGUUGGAAGAAGAGGAUGAGGAGGAAGAACAAGUGCAGGACGUAAAGAGGAUGAUUGGUCGCCUGCCCAAAGAAAACGCUCUGCUGCUACGCUACCUGUUGGCCAUGCUGCACGGUAUCCAGGGCAACGCCCAGGAGAACCAGAUGACAAGUUUCAAUUUAUCAGUGUGCAUCGCUCCCAGCAUGCUUUGGCCUCCUGGAGCGCCUUGUAGCCCUGAGGUGGAGGGAGAGGGAGCCAAGAAGGUUUGUGAGCUGGUGAAGUUUAUGAUUGAACACUGUCAGCAGAUUCUGGGAGAGGAUCCGUCCUCCUUGUUUGGAGGACCGCCACAAAGACUCAACACUGACGAGAUGGGAUCAGACUCCUGGAUUUACCCUUUGACCGACUCGUCCUACGACAGUCUCGAGAAUGAGUUGGACAACAGCAGCGGUGGGUCGCCGGGCUUCUGCAGCAGAAGACACCUUCGAUCCAAACCGCUACAAGGCAGCCUGGACUCCAUCCUCACGUUCAGCGACUACGAGCAAGACACGGACCCAGACGUACACCAGACCCAAACUGACAGCCCGCAUGGCCUGAAGUUACGCCCACUGGGGAGAACCAGAGGCAGGAGACAGGACCCAGACCUCUCCAGCCCCAGCCAGGACGCAGCGACUGCCGACGCCUCGUCCACCCUCGACCUGCCCUCCCUGGACGGUCGGCACAGACAGCGGCGGCGCUCGGAGCCGGCUAUAGCAUACCUGGCCAAGUUUGGGCCGUGCGCUUCAGGGAGCACUGGUGAGGAUGAAGAUGGUGAAGAAGAGCUUUCCCAGAAGCCUAGCAGCCACUCGCACUCCAGCGGUGAGACAGAGUUAAACCUGCUCAGUGUGAGGUCAGCAGCUCUGGAGGCGAGCUACUCCAGCCUCUCGUCUACCCCAGCCUCCCCUGCCCCAACCGGCUCCUCCCUGAACUCUCUGGACUCCCUGCACUCCCUGCACUCCCCCAGCAGUGACCACGCCUGGGUGACCAGAGGGGAGCUCAACCCAACCAAGACACCCCCACCCUCCAACUCUUCCUCUUUAAUGGUCCCCUCCUCCACCGUAAGCUCUGCUCUGACCUCCAGUGGACUUCCAGACCCGGGGCCUUGUCCAAAAGGCUCCCCACCCAAAGAACCACUUAACUGGGGGACCUUGAAAGGCUGCAGGGGCCUCCACCCAAACUCCUGGCUGAAGAAAGGCCGCAGACUGUCACUAACCCAACCAGACAACUUGGAGAAGGAGGAAGAGGACAAGACUGGGGGGGGACCCACUGAGAAGUCGCUCACACUUGGGAAACUCGUCCCGGAGAAAGGAAAAGCAGGCGGAGGAGGGAAACCGACCUCCAGCAGCCAACCCAAGCCCAAAACCUCCUGCAGAACCUCAAAGGAUGCAGAAGGAAGAGGGAGGCCUGGCCAAGAGGCCCACAAGCCCAGACAUCUUAAACAGGACUCAUCCAGCCCCCCUUCUCACCACCGCUCUACAGGCAGUCUCCACUCCUGGUUCCACUCCUCAGACUCCCCGUCAAGCGCAGUGAAGCAGCAGUCGCCAUCUUUGUUUUACAAGCAUAGCGGGGCGUCUCUGUCCCUCUUCAAGCAAAGCAAGUCUAACUCCGUGGAGGAUGAAUGCAAACCCAGGCUCUUCCAGCGCCGGGGGUCGGAACCCGAGCGGCAGGUCGUAGAGCGAGCCGCCACCUUCACGCGGGCCAGGCUGCCCAGCGACCCAGGACUGAAGGUUAGCGAGGUGGACUCACAGGGAGGGACGCCAGAGGGCCGGUUCUGCCUCUCCCCGUAUGCCACCAAAGCCGUGAGAGACUACUUCUCCUCUCACCCGCGCAGUCACCCUCAGAGCAGCCAGCAGGUGGCGCUCGCCCUAGUGGAGAGCCGCAGGGAAUGGCUGAGGAGAUGCAGCGAUCCCACAGCAGAACCAGACUUUGACCAGCUUCUGUUUGCUGAAGAAUCGUACGUCUGAUUCUGACUAGAACCCGGAGCGACACACACAGAUCACAGAACUACACGACUUCACUGCUGCUGCUUCCAACCUGAGAAUAAAUUAGUUACGAUACUCACCACCUUAAAAACGACUGCUUUCAGUGUUUCAUUAGAUACAUUCUGCCUCAGUCUAACAGCACCUGAAAUUAAAUUCUUUGCUGUGGUAGAACAAACAGAAUUAGGCACAUUAUAAACUUUGCCUAGAGCUUUUUGCCAUUAAGGGAAUGUGUGUAUGUUUUUUUUUUUUGUCCUCAAGGCUGGAUUUACACAUGAAGAAGGAAUACUACUUUAUAACCUUUUUAUAUUGAAAUAAGUUUGUCACAGUCUAAACACAAGGAUUGUCUUUUUAACUUUAUCAGGCCAAAGUUUAAACCUGCCAAUAAAACUACCUGGUGUUGCCUUCUUACGUCAUGAACAAGUAGAAUCUCAUUUACUAAUGUUUUAUUGCCCGAUAGGUACACUGAGCUGUAAACUUGUUUGGUUCGGUUUAACUUGGUGAUUUCUGCUCUCAGCAUUAUGUUUGGACAUAUUAAACAGAUUGUAGGUAACUUACUGACUCCUACAGAGCGUGUUUAUUAUUUAUUUACAUUUUAUUCUAAGACAUUUCCAAGCUAAAGCUACAGUUAAGAAAUUGUUAACCCUGGUUAUCUGAGUUUUGAUGCUUAAUAAAGCCGAUCACUGUCCUACUUUACGCUUUACGAGUGGCACAAAUAAAACAAUUAACGCACAGUAUUUUCUUAUAAACAUAACUUUUAGGACAUUAUGGGAUUCUACAUUGUUGGCCUGUAGUGUAAAUGCAGCCUGGGUACACACUGUGACAUUGGAUAAUGAUUAUAGUUUUAAUUCAGAGCAUCUCUUCAUGUUACCACAGCUUCACUUAAAGAAAUAUGUUGAGUUUUGUAGAUUAAGUAAAAAGGUGAUAAUUCACUAUUUAUGCUUUUAACGGAAACUUCCUUAAAAACUUUGUGCUAUUUUCUGUCUUUACUGACAUUUGUGCUGCUUUUUGCCGACUGUAGAGUCUACGGAGGUACUGGAAUAUCAUUAUUUAACUUUUCUAGAUGACACGGAUUAAGUUUUGCUCGCCGCAGUGAGUCUCUGCUCUUUAAAUAUCUGGGUCAUAUAACACUUCAAACGCUUAAGGCAUUAGUACUUAAAUCACGUGGUCCUGCACAUACAUGCAGUAGGUACGAGUCUUGUUUUCUAUUUGUUGCCAACAAUGUGGUUUUCACACAAGCCUGUAUUGAUUUCAGUUCAUCACAUUCUGUCCCAGUAUUUCUGUUGUGUAAAUAUGAUCCCUUAAGGGGGGAGGGGGGGAAUGGUAGUCGUGUUUUUCAAGCUAUUUUAUGCAGCUCUAAACUUUGUUUAAAUAGGUCACAGGACUGUUGCUUUACUUCUACAUUAUAUUAUUGUCUAUGCUUACUUUAUAUAAAACGUGUUAAAACGCCGACAUCUGCAUUUUCAAAUAAACUGAAGUGAAACUGA